AUGCCCCGUAAUCGUGCGAGAACCACAAAUAGAGGUACCACAUCAGACAGCACUAUGCAAAAAGCAGCACUACUAUGUUUGGAAAAUCAUAUGUCGCAACGAUCUGCAGCUACAAAAUUUAAUAUUUGCCAUGUUAGUUUAAACAGAUACAUAAAAAAAAUUAAACUCCAUAGGGAAACAGGUAGUUGUCUACCAGUAUUCGGUUACGGAUCAUUUAAUACAAUAUUUGACGACUUUCAAGAAAAACAACUUGCCGAUUACGUUAAAUUUUCCGCAGAUAUGUAUUUUGGUUUAAAUUAUAAAAAUAUUCGAAAACUAGCUUAUGAAUUUUCAGUCAAAUUUGAUUUAACAGUACCAAACAGUUGGAAACGAAAUAAGGAAGCCGGUCCUGAUUGGAUUACAAGCUUUUUAAAAAGAAACCCAUCACUGUUCAUUAGUCUCCCAAAAGCGACUGGUAUAUCAAGGGCUAUUAAAUUCAACCCAGAAAAUCUAAAACAUUUUAUGGAUAGAUAUGAGUCAAUUUUAUCGAAGUACAAAUUUCAAGCACAUGAUAUUUACAACAUGGAUGAAAUAAGGGUUACAUUUGUCCAAAAAACAGGAAAAAUAGUAGCAUCUCGAGGUUAUAAACAUAAUAAAGCGAUCAUAAGUGGCAAAGAUAGUACAGUUACCAUGUGCUUAGCUAUAAAUGCAGCUGGCAACCUUAUUCCUCCCAUGCAUAUAUUUUCUAAGGCUGCCAAUAAUAUAAACUCUAUGCAAGACGUUGAGUUCUUGAAGAUUUUGAAGAAAUUUAUCAAAUAUGUCAGACCUUCAGUUCAUAAAAAAGUUCUUAUUUUACUUGACAAUCAUGAAUCUCACUUAUGUUUGCCAGUGAUUGAUUUUUGCAGGGAAGCAGGCAUUUUAUUAUUAUCAUUGCCACCUCACUGUUUUCAAAAACUCCAGCCAUUGAACAGAUCCGUGUAUAGACCAUUUAUUAAAUUUUUGAACCAAAAUAUAUCGGCCUGGAUUGAAAAUAAUCCAGAAAUAAAAUUAAGAAUAUGUGAUUUGACUUUAGUGUCAUCUAGUACGAGUGCAUUAGUUAGUGCUGCUACACCUCAAAAUAUUAUUAACGGAUUCUCUAUGUCAGGGAUUUGGCCUUUAAAUCGAGAUGCAUUUACUAAAAGUACCUUUACGCCAGCAAUUUUUGAAGAUAUUGACAAUAUGUUAAUAGAUAAUGUUGAAGAAAAACCAACAAAUUAUGUAAUUAGAGAGCCAACAAAUAGCGUUACUGAAGAACCAGCAAAUAUUGACAUUAUUCCUCAUUUGAAAACAGAAGGAAGUUUAGCUCUUCCAAUUUCUGAUUUAGACUUUUGCUAG